UUCGUUCACUUAGUAUCGAUUCAAGCGGUCUGCAUUGUUUUUUUUUGGGAAAUUUCGAAAAAAACGCGUAAAAUGCACACAAAAAUGGAGAAAACCAAUUGAAAUCCAGUUGCCCGACUGAAACGACUACUAUGGAGAUACCAAUACAGGUGGCCGUGCGCAUCUGUCCCCACACCGAGCCUAGCGAAAAAAGGAAGCCUGUCGCGGAGGCAGCGGCGUCUGCAACUGGGGCUGCGGAUGCGGAGUCUGUUUCCGAUUCGGAAGAGUCCACUAAAGACGCUUCAGAUGGACAAACGCCGGAGGAGUCGACAGAUGCCAACGGGAACAGCGGGAAGGGCACACAGCUGAAGAAGGAGACGCCGCAGACGGACAGCAAUGGCAAUGAGAAUGGAACCAUUGUGCCCCUGGGCUCGGGAUGCUGUGUGCAGGCAAUUCCGAUAUCAGCCUCCGCUUUGGGGCUUCCCAGCGCCCUGCCUGGCGGUGGGGCCCAAGACAGCAUUGCGGCAGGACUCAUACAGGUAGGCGCCCACACAGUGCCCGUCACACACGCCCUGGGCAGCGGUACCACGCAGAGUCAGCUCUACUAUCAGACGGUGUUUCCGCUGAUCAGCCUGUUUCUGGAGGGAUUCGAUGCCUCGGUGGUGACCUACGGACAGCGGGGUCAGGGCAAGACCUACACACUAUACGGACCUGGCUUCGAGUGCGUUUACGGGGAAGCAGACCAGGGCGUGGUGCAGCGCUGUGUCCGGGACAUCUUCGCCCACAUUGCCGGGCACUCAGAGCGCACCUACGCAGUUAAUGUGGGCUUCGUGGAGAUCUGUGCGGGCGAGGUCUGUGACCUGCUGGACAUGGGGAACGUCCACUGUCAGAGUGUGGAGGAAGUGUUCCGUUGGCUGCAGAUUGGCCUGGCCACCAGGCAGCCAAAGCCGGCCCACACCCUCUUCACGCUCACCCUGGAGCAGCAGUGGGUGUCCAAGGAGGGGCUCAUUCAGCACCGUUUGUCCACCGCCAGCUUCUCGGAUUUGUGCGCCACCGAGCGCUGGGGCGAGCCGCCGCCGGGCCAUCCCCGUGAUGCCGGUCUCCAGAUGCUGGAGCAGGUGGUCAACACACUCACCGAUCCCAGCAUCAUGUACGGGGUGAAUGGCAACAUUCCAUAUGGCCAGACCACCCUCACGACCCUGCUGAAGGACUCGUUCGGUGGCCGGGCCCAGACUCUGGUGAUUCUGUGCGUCUCACAGCUGGAGCAGCACGUGGCAGAGACCCUGGGCAACCUGCAGUUCGCCUUCAAGGUGCAGUGCGUGCGGAACUAUGUGAUCAUGAACACAUACUCCGACGACAAUACGCCCAUAUCCCCGGAGUCAAUGCCCAACGCCUCUUCCAAUCCCGCAGCUGGCCCCUUGGCCCAGGUGGCAGCCGGCGACAACUUUGGGCUGCAAUUCGCGGCGAGUCAGUGGUUCAAGCUUGUGUCCAACGCAGAGGGACUGUUUGCCAAAUUGAUGGGCUCCAAUCUGAUCAGCGAACUGGAGAAGGAGCAGAUCGAGGAGUGGCUCUUCCUCAAGCAGGAGUGCGAGGAGUGCCUCAGCUCGACCGAGGCCAUGCGCUCCCAAAAGCAGCUGGUGCCCAUCCAGGAGGCUGAGGAGCCCGAGGAAUCGGUUAGCGAGCCACCAAACUCCGACAAUGACACGGACAAUGAGUCGCAGCGUCCCGAUCUGGCCGACAAGCUAGAGGGCCUUAUGGAGGAGUUUCGUGCGAAGACCGAUUCCCUGAUCCAGGCCAAGCAUUCCGAGUUCCUCACCAAGCAUCCCAAGGCCGUCAUGCAGAGUCUGGAGCGGGACAAAGAGCCCAAGCUGGAGGCACCCCCGGACAAAGAGAUGGAGAAGAUGGAGGAGCGAAAGACCAGCAUUGCGGGUCGACGGCGUAGCAUUCAGCCAGGAGCCAGCCUGAGCACUGCGGAGCUAGCCCUGCUCAAUCGCGUGGCCUUGCAGCAGCCCAUGGCUCAGCCGCCGGCUACCGUUUUGGACCCUGAAUCGACUAUCGAUCCGCUGGAGAGCUCAGCGGGCGAGGGACUGCGUCAGGCGGCCAUUGCCGCCGCUGCCGCCAAUGCGCCCAUCGAGCAGCUCCAGAAGAAGCUGCGGAAACUGCACGCGGAGAUCGAGGGACGGCAACGGCAGCUGAAGGAGAUCGAGCAGACAAUGCAGGUGAAGCAGAACAUCAUCAGCGAGCUGGUGAAGAACAGCGACACGCGCAGCCAUGCCAAGCAGCGGUUCCAGAAGAAGAAGGCCAAGCUGGAGGCCGAGUGCGACAAGGCCAAGAAGCAUCUGGCCAAGGCCCUCGUCCAGGGCAGGGAAAAGGGGGAGACCGAGCGUUGGUCAGCGAUCAUAGCCCACAUAGAGCAUCGGCUGGAGGAUCUCAGCUCCAUGAAGCACAUUGCCGGCGAGAGUGGCCAGAAGCUGAAGAAGCUUCAGCAGUCCAUGGCCGAGUCCCGCAAGCAGCUGGAGGAGCUGGAAAAGAAGAUCCGAAAGGAGUGCAAGCUGCGCGACCAGCUGGAGACGGAGCUCGCCAAACUGAAGGAGUCCCGCGACGGCGUCAGCGGCGGCAAGGAGCUGGUCAAGUUGGACUCUCCGGAACAGCAGGGCCGGCAGCUGAAGGCUGUCCAGGCACGAAUCACCCACCUGAAUCACAUUCUCCGCGAGAAGUCGGACAACCUGGAGGAGUGUGCGGGUGGAGAGGGUCCAGCACCGGCCCAGCAGGAGAGUCUGCGGCAUGAGAUCCGCAAUCUGCGUGGCACCCGAGAUCUGCUGCUGGACGAGCGCUGCCACUUGGACCGGAAGCUAAAACGGGACAAGAUGCUGACGCAGCGCGAGGAGCGCAAGCUGCUCGAGUGCGACGAGGCCAUUGAAGCCAUCGAUGCGGCCAUCGAGUUCAAGAACGAGCUCAUCUGCGGCCACAAGUCGAUCGACACCAGUGACCGGCUGCAGCGGGAGAAGGGCGAGCAGAUGCUGAUGGCACGCCUCAACAAACUCUCGCCGGAGGAGAUGCGCACGCUGCUGUACAAGUACUUCAACAAGGUCAUCGACCUUCGCGACUCCUCCCGCAAGCUGGAGCUGCAGCUGGUGCAGCUGGAGCGCGAACGGGACGCCUGGGAGUGGAAGGAGCGCGUCCUCUCCAAUGCCGUUCGCCAGGCCCGACUCGAGGGCGAGCGCAACGCCGUUCUGCUCCAGCGGCAGCACGAGAUGAAGCUCACCCUGAUGCUGCGCCACCUGGCUGAGGAGACCUCGGCCAGUUCGGCCAGCUACGGCGAGCGUGCCCUGGCCCCCGCCCAUCAGACUAGCAGCGGCGACUUCGACUACGAGCUGGACUUCUACAAGGCGGCAGCCACCACCACCAACCACAACAAGGCCCUGGUCAAGGCGCCCAAGCCAACGCCCAGCGGCGCCGCCCUGGAUAAGUACAAGGACAAGGAGCAGCGAGGCGCUGGGCGGAACAUCUUUGCCAAGUUUCAGGUGCUCACCAGGUACGCGUCCUCGGCAGCUUCAGCGGCGGCCGCAGGCUCCUCCAGCUCCACGGUGGACGAGUCGACGGCGCUGAUCGAAUCAAGCACAACGGCGACGGCCACCACGACGACCACAACAACCACCACGACAACGGGCAAGGGCAAGGAAAGGGGCCUGCCCAACAUACGGCAGGAUCAGCUGAAGCGCCUGAUGCCGGCGCCAACUGCCACGAAGGUGACGCGGCAGAAGAACAAGAUCAUCAUCCAAGAUGCCAGCAGGCGGAACUAGAAGCGAAUUUAAGUGUUUUCAAUGUGACUAUAUCCACAUCUGUAUCUGUAUCUAUUCUCUCCUUUAAUACUCAACAAUUGUAAUGUAAUCUCAAUGUCGGAGCCGAGGACCGAGCCUACUCCGACUAUGUACUGAACAAGUUACGUCCACAGUCAUGACACAAAAUAGACUUGACAUGGUUCACAGCACUGGACCGCAUUUAUUAUACACACGAACAUCAGAUACUCACAUAUAACUAGCUAUCCUCAAGAGAUCAAGAUCUAAAACGGAAAAGACUCGUAUCUGCUACACUAUUAAAAUACUCGCAAGACAAACCACCAGGAGGAGACCAGCAGCAAACACAUAUAUGUAUCUGGCUCAAAUUAUUUAACUAAGAAUCUCCCCAUUUUGUAUUACCUGUACAUAGGCGAACAAAUGCUAGUUUUAGUACCGACUAAUUUAGUUGAUUUUGACCCAGACCCAGCUAAUGAUUUUAUUAUAUUUAAGCCUACACUUAAGCACUUUUGUGUCUUCCUACCAACUGUAAUUGACUUUUGUUUUAACCCAAAAUACUCAGUCCAAGUGUGAAUCCCAAGCAUUUAUCAUUUGCUGUACAAUUAAAUAUAUGUAUGUUAAUAUGUACUAAGAACUAAUACUCUGGUAUCCCCACGAAGAGAUCCAUCUAAAUUUGUAAGAGAAUUUUAACUUUUUGGUUGUGUUUAAUUGUUUGUUUUCUGCACUCAAUGGCAAUAUUACGAAUAUAAUCCAGUGUAUUCCCAUUUGUGUAUUCAUUAUAUACUCACUCUUACAUUGAGAUUAAGGUACUUACCCUUCCUGACAGUUGGUGAAUCUGUUUAGGUUACUUUAUCACACACACACACACACACAGAUUCCACAGGAGAUAACCUUUGUGUAUAAAAAAGAAAUUAAAUAAAUAAUUAAUACA